UUGCUCAGGAGUCACAGCCUCACCUCACAGGCACAGGAAAAAAAACCUGAAGUGAGAAAUGGCAGGGUUCUUCAGCACCUGUGCUGCUUCUGAUCACUAUUGUUUGCAGCUCAGAUCUGGAUCAGCUCACCAUGAACUGAUUAGACCAAACAAGUACAGAAGGACCAUGAUCAGGUGCUGCAGCACAGCAAAGGGGAAGACAAGAAGGGACUACUACCAGGUUCUUGGAGUAGCAACUCAUUCCACACCUCAGGAGAUCAAGGAAGCUUACAGGAAACUCCAGAAGCAACACCAUCCUGAUAUUGCUGGCGACAAGGGCCAUGACCAUGCGCUGUUGCUGAAUGAGGCGUAUGAGGUGUUGAUGAGGAGUUCAUCCAGGAAAGCUGAUGGAUUUGGCAAGAGCAGAGGCGGCUUUGGGAGCGGUUACACCGGGGACGGGUACAGUUCUUGGAAUGGGCCUAUCAGGAGCCAGGCUCUCUUCGUGGAUGAGAACAAAUGCAUAGGAUGUAGGGAGUGUGUUCACCAUGCUGGGGAGACAUUUGCCAUGGACGAUGUUCUUGGAAGCGCGCACGUCGAAGUCCAGUUUGGCGACGUGGAGCAGCAGAUCCAGGUGGCUGUGGAGUCUUGCCCUGUGAACUGCAUCCACUGGGUUGGGAGCGAAGAGCUCCCGGUGCUGGAGUUCAUGGCACGUCCACAGCCCAAGGAAGGGCACGGCGUGUUCGGCGGCGGGUGGGAGAGGCCUAAGGACGUGUUCGCGGCGGCCAGGAACUUCUCCAGGAAACUCGAGAAGCAGGAGCGGCAGGAAAGUUCCAGGGGCGCAAACGGGGGUGAAGAUAUGGAGGCUGAAACGGCAGCUCAGGCCGAAGCGAGACGCCACGCGGGGCAGGAGCUCCGGUGGAAGAGUUUGUUCGAUGUUUGGAAUGGGUUGGGAGACUGGAGGAAAUCUGGAACAGACAGGUAGAUGUGCAGUUGCUAGUCGUUGGUUAGUGAUGGUGUGAAGACUGCAACCACACACUGGAUGUUGUACGACGUGCUGUAAUACCUGGGAUAUAAGAUGGAGGAUGACACAGAACAUUUUUUUUUGUAGAAUUCUCGCCCAACUUUAUUAAUAAUUCAACAAAAUGUCCAUAGGUAUAAUGGUUGGAUCA